ACGGUUUGCUGUCCAUGGAUUGAGAAUAAUUUCAGGUGUGAAAAAGCCUUCAUAAAUUGUUCGUAUAGUUUCGUUGCAGAAUUAAAUUGUCGCUAAUCAUUCUACCAUAUUUAUAAUUAGAUACGAAACAACUUAGUCAGGUAGCAGGUGAAUAAUAAAGGUGAAAGAGUAGAUGCAGUAGCUAGGUAUAACUCAUGUUUCAAAGCCUUGACGAUCUAUAUCUUCACUAGAAUGUUUUCUGUGUUGACAUCCUUGUUUGCAGUUUGUUCAGUAGCUAGAGAAUCGCUGUGAUGUAUCGAAUACUUAUUGUGCUUUCGUUGAUAGGUAUUCUGCAGUUUCCCGUUGAUUCGAAGAAAUUACCUACAUAUAUUCUUCCAUGCCGAAAAAGUGAUCCGAAUCUGAAUGAUUGUGCAAAGCAGCAUGCCAUUGAUUCACUUCCACGCAUUCUCGAAGGAGAUAAAGCAUACAAAAUACCAAACUUCCUUCCCGUUUUGAUUCCUUUAGUUGAUGUGCAGCAAGGAAAUGAUCUGAAAUUCCAGUUGAAAGACUUGCAUAUGUAUGGUUUGAACACGACACACAUACAGGAUCUUGUGUUUGAUUUGGACAAAAAGCACUUUUAUGUCAAAAUCUUGAUAGAUGAGGCUUUGACUGAAAGUCGAUACGAAGUGGAUGGAAAAAUCCUGACUCUUCCGAUAAAGGGAGAAGGUCCAGCAAGAAUAAAUUCAAAGAAUAUCACAGUGGAAUACUCCUUUGAUUAUCAGCUGAUCAAGAAAGCUGAUGGAAAACAGUAUUUUGAUGUAGACAAUUUGAAGACGAAUAUCAUUUGCAAAGUUGGACAUACUCAUUAUCACUUCGGCAAUCUCUUCGGUGGAAAUAAAGUUCUAGGCGACAAUUUCAACCAAGUCUUGAACGACAACGAAAAAGAACUAGAAGAAACAGCAGGAGCUUCUAAUAACGAGAUUAUAAAUGCUAUAGUUUCGACUAUAUUCAAUUCAUUUUUCAGGACUAUAUCUUAUGACGAGAUGUUUUUGGAUUGAAAAUGAGAUUCUCAGGGAUUUUUUCAUUCAGCAUCGUAAUGCUCGAUAUUCAAAAUAAUGAUGGAUAUAAUAAAAUUUGUACGAAAUUCUUCUAAUAUGUUUUCUUCCUUGUUUAUGUAGUGCAUACACCCAGCCCCAAACAAAAAUCAAGAGUUCAUUAUUUCAACUAGAGAGUAGAGACGUGUAGAGAGCAGCUUGAAGAGUAACUUGUUGAUGAUACGGAAAAUGGGCCCUGCCGGGAUUCCAGUAAGUUGGCAUCAUAUGCAGGAAAACUCUUAAUAAUGAGUACAAUGAUUCUCUUGGCUCUUCAAUUUCGUCGAAUUUUCUCGUCAGUGGGGAUGCUCAUAUUCUUUUUUACCAACAAGAGGUUAAACCCAGAUAGGAAUUCAUCUACGGAGUUUAAGACACCUCAACUAGUGACAACAGAUCCUUCAAUAAAUGAUAUCAAAAAAUUUUUUUUCGGAUCUCGACUUGAACUUUAAAUUUUGCUUCAAAUUGUUUGAAAUACCUACUCGAUCAGGGUCAUGUGACUUUCGCUACUUAUCAAAAGUUACAUGUAUUCAAAUUAAUCACUGAAAAUAGGCUUAUAUGCAAAAUUCCCGGAACAUUCACCAACAAAAGUUGUUUUUUGUCGAGAUUUACAAAGAAUUACAUUUGACGUUCUUAUUUCCGAACGAAAAUCCGACUUUUUCCGAAGGUAAGUACAUUUCGUCCGCAUCAGACAAUAACUUUCCGUCCGCAAACACUUUUCGUCCGCUGCAGGGCUGCCUGUUCUACUGAUUUUUCAAUAGAUCUCCUGAUUUGCAUAUUGAUCUACUGAUCUACUGAUUCAUAAUCUACUAUAAAAAUGUUGAGACCUAUUUAUUAUUAUAAUUAUAUGUACCUAUAUUAUUACCAAUCUUUACUUAAUCUCAUAUACUUAUGAAUUGCAUGAUAUUUCAACAUGCUCUGUUUGAAUUAAUUUUACAAAAUAAGUACUAAUGACAUGUAUAAACCAAAGAAGGACAAUACUUUAUCUGAUUGCGAUCAAAUAUAUCAUAUACCUCUGUUAUAACAGUGUAUUUCUUAGGUUUAUUUUUCCAUUUGUUGUUUAUUUUUACAAAUCGUUCCUGUUUUUUAUAUUCUCAAAUCUUAUAAGUACCUAUGCAACUGAAGUUUGUGAUAUUUGUGAGUAUUUUUGAAAUGCGAAUUAGGAAUAUGAUUAUUUUUGUAU